GUAACGCAAAGCCUUACACCGUCCGCGCGGCCGGUACCUGCUCGUCUGGCGUGAGUGCGGCGCGUGGGUCGUGCGCGUGCGCGCUCGCCGGAGGCGCGGGGCUGGUGCGCCGGGGCCGUUGCGGGCGCAAGGCUGCUGAGGUUGGCGGCAGCGGUGCCGCGCGCCCGUAAGACCGGUAGUUGCGGGGCCUCUCGCUUCGCCCCGGGCUGCUGGCAGCCGUGGCGGCCACCGGAGACCGCAAGGGGCGGAGGAAAGCAGGGGGCGGCGGGGGCCAGCCUCGACACGCAGAGGAUCAGCCGAGCAUGCCCCGAGACAACAUGGCCUCCCUGAUCCAACGGAUCGCCCGCCAGGCGUGUCUCACCUUCCGGGGCAGCGGGGGCUGCCGCAGCGCUUCCGACCACGGCGCGGCGCCGGGCUCCGAGGCCCCUAUGCCUCAGGGCUUCCCGGAGAACCUGAGCAAGCUGAAGAACCUGCUGACCCAAGUCCGCGCGGAGGACCUGAACAUCGCCCCGCGCAAGGCCACGGUGCAGCCGUUGCCGCCCAACCUACCACCGGUCACCUAUAUGCACAUUUACGAAACCGACGGCUUCAGCCUUGGCGUGUUCCUGCUCAAGAGCGGCACGUCCAUUCCGCUUCAUGACCACCCGGGCAUGCACGGCAUGCUCAAGGUGCUCUACGGCACCGUGCGCAUCAGCUGCAUGGACAAGCUGGAGGCGGGCGGCGGGCAGCGGCCACGGGCCCCGCCGCCAGAGCAGCAGUUCGAGCCGCCGCUCAAAGCCCGGGAGCGGGACGCCGUGCGGCUGGGCGUGCUGCGCUCGAGGGCCGAGUACACCGAGGCCAGCGGCCCCUGCGUCCUCACCCCACACCAGGACAACCUGCACCAGAUCGACGCUGUGGACGGGCCCGCCGCCUUCCUGGACAUUCUGGCCCCGCCCUAUGACCCGGACGAUGGCCGGGACUGCCACUAUUACCGGGUGCUGGAGCCUGUCAGGGACAAGGAGCUCUCCGGCUCGGCCUGCGACCUGCCCAGAGAGGUGUGGCUCCUGGAGACCCCUCAAGCCGAUGACUUCUGGUGCGAGGGGGAGCCCUAUCCAGGUCCCAAGGUCUUCCCUUGAAGCCGCCAGCGCCCGGUUGCCGUGGGGCGAAGACGUGCCCUGUUCACAUCUGGGCCUGGCUACCCGCGACCCACCAUAAGGGCUCUCUCCCUACCCGCAGGCCUGGGCUUUGGAUCUACUGGAAUGGGCUGUAGCUGCUUUCUCCGGAGCCGUGGGAAGCACUGGCAACUGGAGUGCAGCCGCGGGGUCGGGUUAAGGGGCGGGGAAGGCUAGUAGACUAGGUUGUUUCCUGGCUCUGUCACUGCCAUUGGGGUUUUGAUUUGGGGGAAAGGGGGGCAGGGGACUAUCUGAAGCGCUUCCAUCCUAAAGCCAUAAUGAAAAUAGUCUUUUCUCUGUUCUUUAUACUAUACAAAAUACACUAAAAGCCCCCACACCCCCUACCCCGGGUAAAUAGGAUUUGUUUUCCACCUAUGUCCCUUUUACUCCUUACUGUUAUAAUUCUAAUUUAUUGAAUGCAUGACCCAGUGGUUUGAAUUGUUUUUAGUUCAAGUCACUGGUAAAAACUAGGUUUAACAAGAUGAGCUACUAUGUAAAGUGAAAAUUAGAUCAUUUUUCCAGAGUUGGAGUAUCACCCCCAAAGCAUAACUAUUCAUGUAGAGGACAAGAUUUGUUUUCUUUCCUCCUCUUGCCCGGUAGCCACAUCUGGUUUACUCUGGCAGCAUCUACCAAGAAAUCCAGCGCCUGCAUAUCUCAGUGACAGAUGAUCACUUAGAGCUUAUUGUCCCCUUGAGUCUCCAGAUCUGGGAGUUAAGCAGAUUUCUUGUUGCAGAUUCACCUUUAAUGCAAAAACUAUAUUACCUUCAACUGACUUUUUUCAUUUUGGGGGGAGGGUCUUCGUGAGCUUUAAGAGGUGAUAGGUUAAUUCUGGGUUUUCUAACCAGAAGAUUCAAAGGAGCUGAAUCGCCAUGCUUCCAAACAACUGAAUGUAAAACACUUCUAGCCAGUUGUUGAAUUCCAUGCCCCUGUUUACUUCCAGUUUUUCCUGCAAAAAUAGAGAAAAAUGUUGAUGACUGUUUCAAAUUCUCAGGAGCUCUAAUGUUCCAGAAGGCUGCUGGUUCCAGCUGUGUUGUUUUGAUGGCAGUGUUCUCCCAACAGUAGUGAGCCAGAGCUUGCCUCAUCUGGUGUGGUUUCUAUAGGAAGAGAGAAGGCACACAUGAUCAAGGCUACAGAAUAGAGAAUUACCUAUACUGCUGGCCAUUUUAGGGCACCAGAACGAGGGACAAAACACUAACCAACCUCUUAAACAGUUGUGCUAUCUGUAACUAGUUUUAUUUUUGUCCUUUCGGUAAGCUCAGCAACUUUACCUUGUUUACAACUGUAUUUACACCAUUUGCUUCAGGCUAUGGAGCACUAUUGUUUCCCUCUUUUUACUAUUUAUAGGAUUCCUUUUUCACAACACUUUUAAUAAAAACAAACUGUAGAAAUAAACACAUUAAAAUCUG